AACGGUGCUGCACCGUGAAUGAUUCUUCGUCGAUUUUUCACGGGCAAAGCGUCCGUCGUAUGUGAUAUUCGCGUUGGGUAUGGGGCCAGGGGCGUUUCUACGUGUGCCGCGUGCUGAUAGUGGACGCGCGUGCCAUUUGUGAUCUCGUUGAUCUCGUCGGGAGGAACGUUCGUGAGGCCAGUACCGAACGAGACAGAACGAAAACGUGUGUGCGCGCCUCAGUGAAAGUAAACAAACGGUAUGAGUGCGGUACUAGGAAGUGUCGGUGACCCGGCCGGUCUUCUGGACCCCGACGUCGAAAGCAUUCUUGAAGAGAAGAAUCAAUUGAUCAGCCGGCAAUAUGCGGAGAUCGAGAGAUUGCAACGUGAACUUUCGGAGGUCAUCGGCGAACGUGACGCCCUGCUCUGCGAGGUGUCAAAAUUCAAGUUCGAGCGCGAGAUGACUGAUCUAACACGUCUACUCGAUGACAGUUUCCCGCAGAAGAUGGAGAGGCCGUCGCAGCACGCGGCUAACGUGAACCAGGUGCACGGGAGCGGCAUGCACGGCGUGUACUCGUCCGGCAGCCAGACAUCCCUGACAACGUCCUAUAUCACGGGCCAGUCGUACGUUCAGAGCCAGAACUAUGCACACGGCCCUUAUAACUCGACAUCCAACGUGAGAGUGUACACUCACGCGGGCUACAAUCAGCCUCAAAGCUACGGCACCAUGGUGCAGGGCUAUGGUGGUCAGCCACAAGCCGCAGGGUAUCAACAGAAUCACCUUAAAAAAGGGCCUGUACGUAACGGAGACGUGCUGAAGAGGUGUCGGCUGCAGACCGCGUACGAGUUAUCCCAAGACCUGUUGGAUAAGCAGAUCGAGAUGCUAGAAAGGAAAUAUGGCGGCGUGAAGGCGAGAAACGCCGCGUUGACCAUUCAACGGGCUUUCAGAAGAUACACUCUGCUGAAAAAAUUCGCAGCCAUCACUGCCAUGGCCAAGGCGGAGAAACGUCUGAGCAGGAAGCUGCAGGAAACGACAGAGAGGGCAGCAAGUGUGAACGAGCAUGAGAGGAUGGUCUACCACAGUCAAAUUUACAUACAACAACCGCAGACGGCAAACAGACCAAUGCCCAUCAGAAGUAUGUCCCUGAGGGAGAGGAGACACGUAGAGAACUCCCAGUCGCCGAUACCGAGAAGCCAGAGCGGCAGGUGCGAGGUCCAGGUCGCUGGACACCAACACGCGAACCAUAACAUACAUCAAAGCGGCAGACACACGCCCUCUUUGGCGCCCAGUCCUUGCAACAGACAUCAACAGCUACCCCCGAGUCCAUGCUGGGAGUCCAGCUCUCAGGAAAGCGGAUCUAGCAUGCAUUAUUACAAUCCACAGGAGACGCUUUGCAAUAUCAGACAGGAGACACCACCGCGGGAUCUGCUUCGGACGCCUUGUACUUCGCCAUCAACGCCUCACAAUCUUCAGACACAGGUGGUUCAGAACUGGAGUAACGCCGGGCAUCUUGGUUCUGCCGGUAGAACGAGAGGAUCCGCGAAGAAGGUGCCGCCGGAAGUGCCAAAAAGAACGUCUUCCAUUACAUCCAGAUCUAUGGAGCCACGUCAUAAUGGUCUUAGUAAAAGCGUCGAGAACGGUAGCCUAAGCUCCGUGCAAAGUUCUGGCAGCGAUUCCACUAAUUGUGAGAGCUCCGAGGGUGAUGCUCAAAGAGGGUCACCUGUUUGGAAGCAUAAAGGAAUCUCAAGUUCACCUGAACACCAAGAAUGCGCCAACCACACCACAGACUCCACCACCAUGAUGAACAGCGUGAAGGAUCUCGGUCACUCUCACGCCAGUUCUGGUUAUCAGCUUCCGCUCAUGGAUCAUCCGGAAAGUAUACCACAAACGAGCUACAAAGUAUCAGAAACAGUGAGGAAACGUCAAUACCGAGUAGGCCUGAAUUUGUUCAACAAGAAACCAGAACGAGGAAUCAGCUACUUGAUCAGAAGAGGAUUCUUGGAAAACAGCCCACAGGGUGUGGCGAGAUUUUUGAUCAGCAGAAAAGGAUUGUCCAAGCAAAUGAUAGGAGAAUACCUUGGAAACCUUCAAAACCCCUUCAACAUGGCUGUGCUUGAAUGCUUCUCUCAUGAGCUUGAUCUAUCAGGAAUGCAAGUAGAUGUCGCCUUGAGGAAGUUCCAGGCAUACUUCCGGAUGCCAGGCGAAGCUCAGAAAAUAGAGCGACUAAUGGAGGUGUUCAGCCAGCGUUAUUGCCAAUGCAAUCCCGAUGUAGUGUCCAGGCUACGCUCAGCAGAUACUGUAUUUGUACUGGCCUUUGCAAUAAUCAUGUUGAACACCGAUUUACACACGCCAAAUCUAAAACCAGAGCGCAGAAUGAGGCUGGAUGAUUUUGUCAAGAAUCUCAGAGGCAUAGACGACUGUGGAGACAUUGACAGAGACAUAUUGGUUGGAAUAUAUGAAAGAGUAAAGGAAAAUGAAUUUAAACCUGGCUCAGACCACGUUUCUCAAGUAAUGAAGGUUCAAGCCACGAUAGUUGGUAAAAAGCCCAACAUGGCGUUACCACAUAGAAGAUUAGUUUGCUACUGCAGACUGUAUGAGAUUCCAGAUAUCCACAAGAAGGAGAGACCGGGUGUGCAUCAACGGGAAGUAUUCCUCUUCAAUGAUCUCCUCGUUGUCACGAAGAUCUUGAGCAAGAAGAAAAAUAGCGUCACCUAUACGUUUAGACAGAGUUUCCCGUUGUGCGGAAUGGUAGUCACGCUGUUUGAAGUUCCUCAUUAUCCGUAUGGAAUUAGGCUCUCCCAACGCAUGGAUGGAAAAGUUUUGGUUACAUUCAAUGCGAGAAAUGCGCAUGAUAGGUGCAAGUUUGUGGAAGAUCUCAGAGAAUCCAUCAGCGAAAUGGACGAGAUGGAAACCUUACGGAUUGAGACGGAACUGGAACGACAGAAAAGCAGCAGAAGUGCCAGAGGUGCAGCUGAAAAUAGAGACUCUGGAGUGGCAGACGUCGAGAUAUGUCCUUGCCCGGGGCCCUGCUCUGAAAGAUCGGAAACUACCGACAUGGACACCCAAUUGAAACGCUCUGCACUUAGUAAUUCUCUUUUGGACAUACACGAACAAUUUGCUGGUGAAAAACCGCAGCGACGUGGAAGCGUGGGCUCACUUGAUAGUGGUAUGUCGAUUUCUUUUCAAUCUACAUCUGCCAGCUCAAUGAGCCAAGGCAUUAAACAUCCUGGACAAGUUCAUCCUAUGCAUACAGGGGCUACAAUCCCUGGUGGUGCUAAGGGACUGGCUCAGCAGCCGUCUUUUUUGGGAGGUCUAUUCGCCAAACGGGAACGAAAGCUCUCACAAUCGGAGGAAUCUGGCCCGUAUAGUCGCACCACGGAAGUGUAAUAUUCCCUUUCAGUGCUACCUAAGAAAUAACAGGCCAAAUGGAACUCCCACAAGGGGACACAUCUUACAUAGUAGUAUAUCAAAGGCAUAAAAUAUACUACACGAAGUUUCAUGAGAAAAUGAGU